GCGCUGGCGCUGUGACGUGGCGCUUCCGGCGCGCGGGCGGCGGCGGGACGCGGCGCUGCGCUCCCGAAUUGGCGCGUGGGAAGCGAGAGCAUCGCCCUCCUGCCAGCGGGGACGAGGUAACUACCCCUGAGCCCUCUUCGUGCAGCGGGAGCAGCAGCGGGAUUUAUUUUAAGGCCGAACGUGAGGACGAAGCAGCCCCGGGGGGGUCCCCGCCGCCGCUGCCACAGGGCUGGUUUGUGCCUGACACGGGGGGGGAGUGGGGGGCUGCGUGGAGCGUGUGUGUGGGGGGGUGUUGAGGCACAAAACAAGCUGCCGGGCUGAGGGGGGGUGGGAAUCCAGCCCGCUCCGGAGAUGGACCCCCCCGCUGCCACCUUCAUCCGAGGGGUGGGGGACGAGGUGACGGUGGUGGCCGGCGUCGUGGUGCUGGUCCUGGCUCUGGUCCUGGCGUGGCUGUCCACCUACGUCGCUGACAGCAGCAACCAGCUUUUGGGAACGAUCGUGGCGGCGGGGGACGCGGCCGUCAUCCGGCUCGGCAACGUGGGGACGGCGGGAGCGGCCGAAGCCCCGGAGCCCCCCGGGGUCCCCGAAAACCCAGAGGAGAAAACAGAAGAGGAAGGGGGAGCAGCAUCGGGGCCGGCGGUGGAGCAGGGGGACAGCAGCGGUCCCCCCGACCCCGCUCUGGAGCGGCUGCUGGACAUCCGGAGCUUGCCCAAAAGGACCUCGGCCACCGAGCCCAGUGCCCUGGGUAGCCAGGGGGGGCCACCCGCCCCGGGGGGGAGCGACCUCUGCUCCGGCUUCAUCAAAAUCCGGCUCAAAUUCCUCAACGACACGGAGGAGGUGGCUGUGGCGCGGCCUGAGGACACGGUGGGGGUGCUCAAGAGCAAAUACUUCCCGGGCCAGGAGAACCAGAUGAAGUUCAUCUACCGGGGGCAGCUGCUGCAGGACCAGGGCCGGACGCUGCGCUCGCUCCGCAUCACGGACAACUGCGUCAUCCACUGCCACCGCUCCCGCGGGGCCGCCGCCACCCUGCCCGACGCCGGCGACGCCGCUGCCGUCCCCCCCGACGCCGGCGGCCUCCCUCCCCUGGACGCGGGGAACUUGAUGGUUCCCACCGUCAUGGUGGUGCUGGCGGUCGUCUGGUAUUUCCGCAUCAACUACCGGCAGCUCUUCACCGCCCCGGCCACCGUCUCUCUGAUCGGUGUCACCGUCCUGUUCAGCUUCCUGAUGUUUGGGCUGUACGGACAGUAGGGACACGAGCGGGAGGUGCCGCGGCCGCUGUCGCGUCCCCGUGGGGCCGCGGCGUUAACGGUGACCGGAGCCAGCACGUCAGGAGCUUGGCGUGGCCUUUCCCAGGCUCCGUGCUGGACUUUAUCCCCCCAAAAGGGGUUUUGCUCCCCGCCCCAGGCACUGUCCUCCUCCCCUCCUGGCCCCGCGCUCCGGAGAGGAGCCGUCUCUGGGGCAGGAUCUGGGCGCAGCGGGGUACGAGCACCGGAACGGGCUGCGGCUUCCUCUCGGGAGACUUUUUUAAAGCAAAUAAAAGGUGUCACGUCA